UAUUCAUUUUCUAGUUGCCAAAUGACAUGGAUAAUUAUAUGGAGUAUCACAUCAUGGGUUCUGUGGCAAAAAUUAGGAUGAAGCCAGGGUGUAUACCCACCAGGUUUGACUGCCAACCAGAUAGAAGAAAACGAGCCUCAGCUGAAACCAUCCACCGACCAUAUAUUACAAAAAAACAAAGACAAGAUAUUAUUCAAGAAUCUAUAAAAGAUCUGGAAGAGAAAAGUAUUAUAAACAAACCCUUAGAGCUAGAAGAGACAUCAGUUGGAAGUUCAGCUGUGCAUGGAGAUGAAGUUAUAGAAAAUAUUACACAGGAAAAAGAUAAGACAGCAAAUAAAUCAAUCCAAGUUUACAUGACACACAAAUUCAGAAGCAAAGCCGUUCAAUCUGGAGUUAAAAUUGUAAACCAGAUGACAUCACCAUUGAAACAGGAUCGCCAAUCUGUCUCUACAUCGCCAUUUAAGAUAACUAGAUGCACUUCCAAAAUCAAACCAACCACAUCAAACAUACACAUAAGUUCAAGAAAAAUAUUUGUAGAUGAAGCCCAGUCUGAUAGUGAUAUUUCGUAUACACCAUCGAUAAUGGAUGAAGGUACAUCACAAACUAUAUCUGUUCAAACAAAUUCAACUUCAGAUUGCAGUGAGUUGCUACAAGAUGAUAAACAGAAAGAGGCAGCUCUAAUGCUGCAGUGUACACUACUUAAAAUCAACAGAAAUCCUCGCUGUUAUAUAGGUGUUCCUAAAGACUGUCAUUAUUUAUUAGGUCUAAUCGAAGAAUACACAAAUAUUCCUCCAGUUCAUUUUCUCAUGUGUUUAAAAAAGAUUAGAUUAAAUAACUCAUUCAGAGAGCUCGCUGAUGAUUUUUCCAUGACACCAAGUUAUGCUAGUAAGAUAUUUCUUAAAAAUGUUCCUUUGUUGGCUAGUGUCAUGCGUGCUUUUAUUGUAAAAUUAGAUAAAUAUAAUAUAAAAAAUAAUUUACCAAUGGCGUUCAGACAUAAAUAUUAUCAUGUAAGUUGCAUCAUUGACUGCUUAGAAAUAGAAAUACAGAAGCCCUCGAAAGCUGUAAAUCAAUCUCUCUCCUGGUCUGAAUACAAAAAGGCUAAUACUAUCAAGUAUCUUAUCUCCUGCACUCCAAAUGGUCUAGUAAAUUUUAUAUCACCUGGGUAUGGAGGAAGAGUAACAGACACAUGUUUGGUAGAAUCAUGUGAUUUUAUUAAAUGUUUGCAACCAAGCAUGUGUGUGAUGGCUGAUAGAGGUUUUAAGCAUGUAGAAUCAUAUUUACUCAAACAAGGAGUAAAAUUAGUGCGACCUCCAAGUGUUGUAAAAGGUUCUAAGCUUUCAAAGACCGAGGUGAGGGAAACUAAACAAAUUGCUAGCCUAAGAAUACACAUAGAGAGAGUGAUUCGCCGCUUGAGAGAAUUUAGUUUACUGAAACCACACGCAUGUGUGAAUCACAAUUUAGUUAGAGUACUUGAUGAUAGUAUAACCAUUGCAUGUGGUUUAAUAAAUUUACAGGAUUCUUUAAUUAAAUAGGUAGCCUAUGAUAGCUGUAAUUGAACUGUAUAGGUGAAAAACUUAAGAAAGUCACCUGUUGUAUGUGUGAGUGACGUGUUGGAAUAGAUAACACAUAUUUAUAAUUAGUAACACAAACAAAACAAACGCCUAUUCGAACACGUCACUCACACAUACAACAGGUGACUUUCUUAAGUUUUUCACCUAUAAUAUCUUGUACCUACCUUUAUGCAAUAACCUGAUUUAAUUAGGAAAAAAUAAAAGUAAAAAUUCA